GCCCUGCAGCCUCGCAGUUUCGAGCCAAGUUUUCUGCCAUGCACACGACCGAACUUUGAUAGUUUUAGUUUUUUCGAACUUAGGUUUAAGGAUAUUUAUUACGUGUGAUUUGUGUUACCGCUGUAAGCAACGACGCAUGUUUGUGGAUAUAUGUGUUAGCGAGUCGCAAUGUCGAUUAACGAAAUCACGAUCUCUGCCACACUCUCGGACAACGACUUCCCCUACGCGACAAUGACCCCACCCACGUCCGACGGCGGUGCGCAGGGACGUGCCACGGAGGAAAUGACAACUCCCACGACCACGUCAAGGCAAGGGACGGAGCAGCAUGAGACGCAGGCGGGACAGCACCACCGAAGCGUCUCCCUGCUGGCGCGGCUCCCCAAGCUGAAGCGAGAAAAGUCCUUCUCAGAGACGCUUGAGAGGAAGAAGAAGAAAGUUAAGUUCUCCACGAGUGAUGAUAAUGAUGACGUCAUCGUGGACACGCGCGUGUACGACCCUCACGUGGAUCCCAUCGGUGACUGCGGCGAGGAUGAGGACGACCGCGCACUUCCUUCCCCCUUCAAGAAGUUCCUCAGGAAGAAGUCCAAGAAAAGGAAGUCGACGAUUGAAACCCAGACAGAAAAUGUGAAUGACCCCGCAUGGAAAGAAAAAGGCAAAAACAACUCCAAAGUGAGGAAGAAUGGCGACUGUAAGGAAAGCUCGAUGUGUGUCGGUGAGGGCGCCGACACUGAGCAGACCCUCCCUCCAUGCCCCACAGAGAGAGGCACAUCCGGAGGUGACACAGAGAGGGCCGCCGAGGAACACGCCUCCUGCGGCUGCCUCUCGACCACCACCACAUCGGAGCACUGCCCUGCCAAAUCCUCACCCGAGUCUGUAAGCCUGACGCGUCCCGAACCUGGCGAGGAAAAGAGUGCCAAGUGUGAUGUCAGCACUGAUGCUGUGGCGUCCACAGUGCCAUAUCCCGCAGCGACUGAAGGAAGCGAGAGCGUGUCUGCGUUUAGUGAGAGAGACGAACGAAUGUGUGCCCCUGAAGGGUGCCGCGACCCCCAAGUACCUGAUCAGAGUUGUGAAUACAUCGAUAAGAAGCUUCACCAAGACAAUCAAGUUCUGGUAACUCCACGUCAACCAGCAGAAGGAAGUGUGAGGCCCGGCUGCGAUGCCCCUAACGAAUGUCGGCCCAACUCGGGGACUCAGGAGCUUAACGCUAGCAGUGAGGCGGAUUCACCACCACAGCAAAAUGGGUGUUUGCUUGAUGAUGCGGAACUUUCACCAAGAACGCCUGAAAUUAAAGACUCAAGUGUCACCUCUUGUUCGGCGACCGUCAAGCGCGAGGGCACCUUCACCCUCGACGGUCCCCCUCCAGCCAAAAUCACGAAGUCUGCUGACGACGCUGCCGGCGAGAAUGCAGCGCCUGCCGGAGAUCAAGUUGUAGAUCCCCUGCAGUUCUUCAUUCCUCUAGUCACUUCUGAGUCUAGCUCAGAUAAUACAACCUCAGGAAAACCCGUAAAGAAAAAAGUCCCUGCACCUUUAUCAAAGUCUAAAGAAAACAGAUCUAUGAAAUCCCAAGAAACAAAGAUGAAAAAUAGGACUCCACAAGCCCUAGAAACAAAGACAAAUAACAGAUCUGUGAAACCCCAAGACAAAAAGACAAAACUCUCGGACCAAUCCUCUACCGCAACAGUAUUAAAAAAUAGUGCAAAACAGACUUUGGCGAACGUGUGGAGAAAUACUGUCAAGCCUCAGGAGACUCCAAAGAAACCAUCGAAGCCCACGCCGAAGCCAGCCUGUAAAGUAUCCCUAGUAAGUGAGGCUACGGCUAAGAGGCAGCAAGAUGACAAGCUAACGGGAACCAUCUUACUAAGGAGGCGAGAGACUUCCAAACCGGUGGCUGCCAAGGAGAAACCGGUGAGCUCGAUGCAGGGCAAGGAGCAGCGCGAAUCCCAGCGGCCCAGCAGAAGCCCCACUAAGACUACUCCCCGGCAAGACUUUCUUAGGAAGUCGACAGAGAAGAGCUCUAUGUGGGGUGCUGUGUCCCUGGCCUCCUUCAAGAGAGAUGGUACUUUCACCAAGAAGUACGACACGGAGAAGGACAGACUGCAGGCGGAAUGUUCUAAGCUCAGCGUUGAAAAAGACAGGCUUCAGAGCGAACUGCACGAGGCCCGCACGAGGCUGGAGGAAGAGAUGGCAGCGAGAAAGGCUCUCAGACGCACCCACGAACUCAGCCUCCGACAGCUGAGAGAAGGAGAGCUGAGAAGGACAGAAGUACUUCUUGCCGAUAUGAAAAACAGACUGGAGGAUGAGAAACGCGAGUCGCUAUUGCAGCAGAAGGACGUCCUGUCGAGGUGCCAUGAGAACGAACUGAUGCGUGCCGAGAGGGAGCGGGAGGAGAGCCACCGGAAGGUUCUCAUGGAAGCCCGCACGGCGCAGGAGAGGUUGAAGGCGGAGAUGAGGCGGGAGGCACAUAGACCUGAGCCUUCCCUCUCGCCCUGCUGCCGCUGCUCUGACCGUGACCUGGAGCGCAUGAACCGAGACCUGUCCGCGCUACGGGAACACAAGAAGAGGCUGGAGGAGGCUCUGCAGACCCUUCAGGAGAGCGAGCGGCAGCGGGCGGGGGAGCUGAGGCGCCUCCACGAUGAACAUGAAGUGGCUGUGGCAAAGAUCCAUCGGGCCAACAAGUCUGAGGGAGCGCGUCUGCUGGAUGAACUUCGAUCCAAAGAGCGCUCCAUCACCAUCCUGGAGCGGCAGGUGGCGGCGCAGGCCUCCAAGCUGCGCCAUCUGGAGGAAAAGUUACAGCAGCGGGACGGCAGCAGCGACCGGGUUGACGACUCCGCCAGGAAGCAAACGACUCGCGGCGGCGGAGGGUCCGGGGCGAGUGGCAAGAGACAGAAGGAGGGUGCCGCGGGUGCGAAAGAUGGAGGGAAGGCGAGAGACAAGGAACAAUGUGCCGGCAACAACAACAUCAACAACAACAACCACAGCAACAGCAACAGCAGCACACCUUCCCACCUCGCCCAUCCCAACCAGCCUAUCGCCCUGUUCCUGGAGGCCGUAGGCGAGGCGUCCAUCACCGCCAUGAGCCUCGACCUUCACCCACCAUCACCUGCAGCCUCCGACAUGCCCGCCCCGACCACCCCCGAAAAACCCUGCCCGGACAACCAUGACGUCCCCGCAGGCCCUCCACAGGUGCCCCCAGAAAUCUUGGCUGAAAUGGAGCAGCUAAGGCAAGACCUCGAGCGCCAGAAGACUCAGAACGAGGAGCACCUACAGCAACUAGCUCAGCAGAAGGAGGAGUUUGAGGAGGAGCGGAAGCAGUUACGUGAGGAGAAUGAGAAGUUAAAGGAGGAAUAUGAUGUGGAGAAGAACACCCUGGAGGAGGAGGUCGGGGCGAAGGUGCAGAAGGUGGAGGAGCAGCAGCGGGUGAUGGAUGCGCAGAAGCAGGUGAUGGAGGAGCAGAAGCAGGUGAUGGAGGAGCUCAAAAUGAUGAUGGAGGAGCAGCAAGUCAGGAUUGUGGAGCUGGAGACUGAAUGCCUGGUGCCACCGCCUCUGCCCACCACUUGGCACCGGCGGGAGUCCUGCGUUAAGGUGUCUGAGUUGCCCACCGUCAUGGAGCAGAACAGCGAUGACGAGUGCAGCUCCUCCUCCUCUUCCACGCCCACUGAGACCACGCCCCCAGACCUGCCCUUCGCUCUAGAGGACGACACACUUGAACCAUCCUGCCUCUCCAUGCCCGCAGACACGCCCCUGGAGCAGCUCGCCUGGCCUGAGAUCCCUGCUGAUGAAAUGGCUGCGCAGUACGCCCUAUUGUCGCGAGAGCACCAAGGACUGCAGAAGUCUUACCAGCUGCUCGCCUCCACUACAGCGGCCGCGUCCUCCUCACCAGAUUACCAUCCCAGAGAUGGCACGGCGGCCCUGUGGCUCUCGGCUAAGGUGCUGGAGCUGGAGGCUGAGGCGACGAAACUGCGUGAGGAGCUGCAGGACACGAGGGACCACGCCGACCUGCUGGAGUUCCGCUGCCUGGAGCUGACGGAGGGAGCUGAUAAGAGUUCGGAGUUCGGGUCAGCGACGGAUACUCGCGACCAGUCUACCAACACCGAGCCGGAUGAGGUCACCACUCCCACCACCAAUGAAGACCUCUCACUCCCGCUCUCCAUAGACUCCGGCCUCGACCUCUCCAGUGACUAUAAGAAGGCGCGAGUGUCGGAGGCGCGGGCGUGGUUGGCUCAAUUGUCGCGAGCUGCGGGAGAAGAAGAAGCUCCUGCCGCCCUCCAACUGGCUGCUCUGCUUGACUGGGUGGCGACGCUUCCCCUGCAGCCCCACCAUGCCCUGUCUUCGCCGGUGAGCCCCACGCUGCCCACGCCACCUUCUCCCAGCAAAGCCGGGAUGGGUGUGGAGGAGCUUGGAUGUGACGUAGGGCGGGACCUGAUGGUGCUUGCCACACGCCUACAGGAAUCCUUAGCUGAUCCCGCCGCUCAGGAGGCUGUUCUUCUGGACACCAUAACGAAGCUGCGUGUGCUGGACAGUUCCCUCUGCCAGCUGCAGGAUCGAGUGGUCACUCUGACGGAUGAAAACCGUGAGCUGCAGGAGGCGGUAGCGAGUCUGAGCGAGGCUCAGGAGACACGCACCGAAGCAUCUGGUACAGAGAGCGAAUUGGUGCACCGCAAGACGCCUUCCAUCCACUCCGAUCUGAGUGACGCAGAGCUCAGCGACUCACCAGAACAUGUUCAGCAGGCGCGCCCCGGAAAGAUGCCUUUGGAAGCCGCCACCAGUUUCCAGGAAUCUGGGAUCUUUGAUACAUCCUGUGAGCUGGUCCAUGUCACCACACAGACUGACCUGUCGCAGGUCGAGGCCGUGUUUGCGUCCGAGGCAGACCUCCACAAGGCAGAAUGUGAACUACAGCAGCAAGAUGUUGACCUUCAGAGUGCAGUUGCUCGCUUGGCUGCAAUAAGGUCAGCGGUCCAAGGUCGUGACUUGAGACACCUCAGACUGCAAGACUUGCAGGAGAGUGACGAGUACCUCAUGCAAUCGACCCUGGACCAGGAGCAGGUGACGCUCAGCAAGACGGAGUAUGACACAAUUGUGGAGAGUGAACGGCGGCUCCGGCAAGAGAUGGAGCAUCUUAAAUGUGAUAAGCAGCAGCUGGCGCUCGAAUGCGACACUCUGAAGACCCAAAUAAGAACACAAAGCUCAAGCCGAGGGACCGACGCCGAGGAAGCACUCAAAGGCGAAAUUCGUGUCCUCAAACAACGGCUGUCCAUGUCCGAGAGGGCGCGCCAGGAGGUGUUCGAGGAGAAGUGUGAGCUGGAGGAGGAAGAAAACGACUCCCGCCUCAUGGUACAGAGACUGGAGUCCCAGAUGGAGGCUGCACGGGAGAUGGAGAACUUGCUGAGCGCGUCUCUCUCCCAGGAGCAGGAAAUUUCCAGAGAACUGCAGCGCCGCGUUAGGGACUUGCAGAUUCUUGACAAGGAAAAUCGUGGUCGCUUUGAUAAGUUAGAGGCAAUUAAGAACAAGAUGGAAGAGAAGGCAACCACACUGUCCGAUGCAAAGGAUGCUCUUGCCGCCCAGCUCACCUUUGUCAUGUACGGUUUGUUGGUAGUGGAGCAAUGGCGACGGUGGGCAGCAAGGCCGCUCACCCUUGUCCCCUUCUCCAGCAAGCAAACCGAAAUGUCUUGGGAAGAGAACAAGAAUUCAUUGAAUGUAAAUGAGUAUGUUUCUGUGUGUCCCCCUGUUGUGUUGGAGUCUUGUGUACAAAAAGUCGAUGUUGGUCUUCUGAGUCAGGACGCACACAGUAGAGUUGCUCAGAAACAUCUUCCUGAAGAGCACGGCCAACGAAGGCCAGCAGAAGCAAAUGAAGAGGAGCCACAAAAUAAACGCCAAAGAGGCAUCAAGACCAGAUCGCAGGGCACCAUGACAGCCAAGAGCGAGUCGGUCAGUGAGCGUGAAAAGUAUUACCUGGAACAAAUUGAGAAUCUACAAAAAGAGAAAAUGAGCCUAAGGAAGGGACAUGAAAGUGAGAGGCGAAACUCUUUACAACAGCAUAAUGAUUUGGAAGGAGAAGUUCAGGAAGUGAGACAACAACUGGCAGAAGUUGAGCAUGAGAAGUGUAAACUGUUGAUCCGCCUUGAAGAAGCACAAGAGAAGGAUGAGGAAAUGAAGAACAAUUACCUGAACAGGAUAGAAGAGUUGAAGUCUGACAUGUCUAGGUAUAAGGACUUGUAUGAAAUGGAAAAGAAGGCUUUAAUUGGUGACCACAAGACAAAGCUCCUCGAGGUAGAGAAGGAGCGAGGGCGUCUUGAAGAGAGGGUUCACCAGCUUGAACUGCAGAUCUCCACCUUCAGACAGGAACUUGAAAUUGUUGGCACGUCUGUUGCUCAGGACAUUGUUGAGAUGGACACAGACAUUGGGACGGUCAUAUCACACAACAAGAAGUCUUCAAUGGAGAAACCUCACUGUGCAGGAGAAAUUGUGGAAAAAAUACGGCAGUUGGUAAAAUCGGAGACUGGUCUUCGACAGAGAAUUUAUGACCUUGAGAAAAAGGAAUGUGCAUAUCGGGAAACAAUCGGAGAAGCCGACAAAAUCAUGUCCAGUCAUGUAACAUCUUACAAGCAACAAAUUGAAGAGCUGCAAGCAAAAGCAAGUCAACAGACUGCCAAAAUCCAGCAGAUGGAAGCCUCAGAGGAGCGCCUGCGAACCACAUUGAGAACUAACAAUAGAACCAGUGAUGGUGCUCGCAUCUCAGACCUUCUGGACAGGCUGAUUGAAACUGAAAACUCUGAACUGAAGCUCAAAGAGAGAGUGUGGAACUUGGAGAAAAGUGAAAAAGAACUACAAAUCAAGCUCAUGGAGGGUGAGAAGAAAAACCAGGUGCUUCGUGGGGAGUUACGGGACCAAGAGGAACUCGUACACCGCAUGAUGACACUAGAGACAGAAAAUAAUGCACUCUCAGCAGAACUAAGCCAGGCUCAUGAUUCCACUCGCAAAAUGUCAGAAGUGCAGCAGAAUGAAAGUUAUCUUCGAGGACGAGUUGAAGAACUUGAAGUAACAGAAAAUAUGCUGAGAGAGACACUUCAACAAGCAGACCAGAUUUUGGCCCAGAGGGAAAGAAAGCUUAGAGACCAGGUAUCAUCCCUACAAGAAGAAAUUCAGUCUUACAAAGUACAGCUGGAAGCAGCAGCAUCCAAAGAACAUGGUGCCAGGGAGUCAGAACUGUCGUAUAGGAAGCAGCUUGAGGAGUUGAGGACACGUCUUGCUGAAGCAGAACGGGACUUGAUGGAGUCCUCCUCAGAAACCAUUAGCCAUGAAACACAACACAGAUCAGAGGUAACAAAACUACGAAAUCAGUUGAAAUUGUGCAACUCCCAACUACUUGAACUUGAUAGACUCAACUGUGAGCUCAGGGAUCGGGUGAUGGCAGCAGAACUUGAGGGUCAGCGUUUAGCCAAGGAACUGGAAGAACACGGGAGACGGCAUGAACAAGAUCUACUUAAUUUCAAUCUUCAGGUGUCCUCCCGAGAUUCCCGUUUGGAAGAUCUAGAGCACCAGUUGGAGCAGAUGAGUCAUGAUCAUGCUGCCAGUGAGUUGGAUGCUCUUGAUGCCAUGCCCAUUGCUGCUCUUCACACUUCCAUCACAGCACUCACUACAGCCGUUAAGAGUUGCAAGUCAUGCAGUGCAGCUCAGAGUGAAACCUUGGUGGAUGUAACAAAGCAGCUAGGAACUCUAACAGAGCUGCUGGAAGGUGAAUCUAACAACCCAGAUGUUAUGGAUGAAACAUCAGAUAUCGAAGAGGAAGAUAUAUCAGACACAGCAGAAAACUUGGCCCACGAAGCCACAACGACCCCCCCUCCUGACCCCGCUAGGGAGGGAUCCAGGGAAGAUUUCAGCGGGGACUCUGUCAGUAUGAAGCUUCGGAGAAGUGCCCGAUGGAGGAACAGGAGACGCCUUGAGGAUCCCAAUGGCCAGAGACGAAUGGGGCCUCAGGGAUCAUCCACCAUCUUGGAGGAACUUGAGGAAAAGGUUCGAGAGCUGGAGGAGGCGCUUGGCCGCAAAGAAGAGGAGCUGCGGCUAGCAGACGUUGAAGCCUGUGAAAUAAACAGCCAAUUGGAAGCCAGAGAUACUGCUUUAGCUCAGAAGAUUCAAGAAAUUGAGCACCUCAAUAUUACCUUGGCAAGUCUCCGUCUACAAUUGGUUGCCACUUUAGAAGAUGCUGAAAAAGCAAGAAGUUCACUUGAAGGCAAACAUAAGAUAAAGCUAGAGGAGCUAACAAACAAGGUAGAGGAAAUUACCAAAAAAGCAGAGUGUCUGGCUGGCCACUGUCACCUCAAGGACUCGAUCAUCUUCACAUUAGCUUCACAAAUUCGUGCAAUCCUCAGGUCAGGGAAUAUGGGUGUUAUCAUUAAUCAGCUACAGCGGCUUAAUGAAGUCAGCGAGAGCAAGGAAUCAGAUGGCAAAAUGAAGGAAAUGCAGAUGCCACCAGUAUCUGAUUUUGAUGUGGAAACAAUCUGCUCUUUCCUCACUCAACCUAAUGAGAUGGCUUCCUUACCUCAGUCUACCAUCUCAGAUGGGAUGGAGCCAUCUAGUCUCGUGACUCUUCAAACUGACACCUCACUUGCUCCUUCUCACUCUAAGCUGGAGCACACUAGUCACGUGAUCCCCCAAGGUUCUCCAUCACUCGUCCAGCAAAAGAAAUCACGUAUACCACGAUUCAUGCCUCCUUCCGUAUCUAGGGGAAAAUGUGCACCGAAAGCACCCACACCUAAACCUCAGUCUGUUUCCAUUUCCAUGCAAGUGUCUAACUUGCCUAAAAAAAUUAUUAAAACAUCUCAAACUGAAACUCUGGUCAAAACAAGGUCAGUUCUUGAACAUACAGUAAAGACUGUAUCCCAUCCUUUGUAUGGAGUUAAGUCUGCACCUGUAAUAAAACAGGAAGUUAAGCUCACACCUCCCGACGCUACAAGUGUUAUGAAGCCCCUGGCAACUUCUACUCCAGCUAGACCUACUGGCAGAAAGAUCCCAUCAAGACAAGAGCGAUCAAGAUUCCUGUCUGAUGCUCGCAGAAUCAAACGCAUGGUGACUGGUGUGGUGCCAUUAGAUGCUGCAGUGGACUGUGCCUCAGCACCAGAGUGGAGAGAACGGUCACCAUUAGGAAACUCAUCUGAAGUAGAGGCCACAUGCGUUCCCCGACCACACAACCUCCACAUCACACGCAGAGUUGGUGUAGAUGGAGUUGUCAUUGCUUGGGAUCCUUUAGAACAUGAUUGUGUUGCAGGAUUUCAGGUCCUGGUGGGUGGUCGAGUGGUUCAGCAUGUCAGGUCUCCUCACCGCACAAAAGCCUUGGUCACCGGACUCCCUCUGGCAGGCUCCUUCACAAUUGGUUUGGUUGCUGUGGCAGAUGAUGGCCGAUGCUCCACACCUGUAAUUGUUACCCAGGAUCGGUCAAGAUUGUAUCCUUGCAGAAAUGUUACUGCUGGACACACUGUUAGAAGAAGCAUCACAACGUCUCUUUAAGAUUGGACAUAUAUAAAUAUUUGACAAAGAAAUUUUUUUGAAACCCCUAGAACCAUCUCAUAGAUAUCUUGGGGUUUUCCAAAAGUAUUGUAUUAUAUAGUUUAAUAAAUUUUGCAUUGUGUGAAAGGUCGUAGUAAAUUUAGCAUCGUUGUUGAAAAAUAUAUUCACACCGAGUUUCUGGUCGGAAAUUUUUGGUAUCUAUCCCAGAACCAAGCUUAAAGUGAACAAGUCUUCCUAUUAAUGCAAGCCUUAAACAUCGUCCUGCCAAACUGACAUUAUGAGAUGUGAAACCUGCAAAUCUUUAAAAAUACAAGCCUUACAGUGCAUGCAACUAACACCAUAGUCUAUGAUUUUUUUUUGAAGUUCAAGAAAGUUAUUAAAAGUGUGUUGUGUACCAUCUAAACUAGCUGAAUUUGUGUAUUAUUUGAUUUCAAUAAGUACUUUAUGUUUUUAUCCACCUGUAUCAGCUUGAGUACUACCCAGGCAGUGUUGACAUUUUGUGGUUUAGGAUCAAGGUUUUUUUAGGGAUGAAUGAAUGCUUAAAUCUUUGUCAAUGUUGAAGGAAAAGUUGUUUCAGCACAUAGCACUACUGACCAAGGUACCACCCAAGUUGCCUGUUACAAACUGUGUGCAUUAUUGAAAAUUUGGUCUGGAGAAAUUUGCAGAAUAUAGUUUGUAGAAUUGAGCAGAAGAUGGAAAAUAAUGCAUUUUGUUAAUUCAUUCAGUAUGAUUUAGUAUAAUUUAUUGGAUAUGCAAAUAGAUCUCCAGGUCAGAUUAUAAAUUCUAGCAUGAAUUGUGUAAACAAGGUCAGUUUUUGGGCUUGUAGUUAGCUCACUGUUUAAUGUUUCAUGAGAUCUAGUAAUUUGUUAUUGUUAAAUUUCAGAAAUGUUUAAGGAAGAUACAAAAUUUUUGAUAUGAAUACAUAUCAAAUUGCAUAUAUUUAAGAUUACAAAAUGUAAAUAUUUUAUAUAGUGCCAAAUGAAAAAUUCAAUUAUUUAUGAUAACUUGCAAUUCAGAAUCAGGAAUAGUAUUUAAAUUUCUCUGAAAUGUAUAUAGAAUUUGUAUUUGAAAAUUGACCUUAUCCUGA